UUCAAGGAAGGACGGCCAUUGCUGUUAAAGAUAUCUCUCGAUGUUUUUAUAAUUUCACCUUUACUCAUUUCAUACUUUUAGUUAUAUUGGUUGCUCCUUUUCUCCUAAUGUUCAAAAAUAUAGUUUUACUUUGUACAAUUCUUGUGAACACUCACGGAGUUCCUCAAUACAACAAUGAAUAUUGGGCCGGAAGGUGGUUUCCUCAUUCCGCUAGCGAAACAGAUCAAAAUCCAUUAGUUCUCCCAAAAAAAUCACAUUCACAUGAUCACGGUAUAAUAAUGGGAAAGGAAGAUAGCAGCUGUGAUGAUGCUAAAACAAAUUUAGCCAUUGACUGGUUCAUGAACAAAACAAAUUUUACCUGUCUUGAUGAUAAAAAGCUUUUCCUACCACAAAGUAUUGUUCAUCCCAUUCAUACUGUCGAACAUAUUCCGGCAGCAUAUAGUGCUGCUCAUAAAUGUAUGAAUGAAUCGAUUGAAUACACUGAAUCAAUUCCUACUUUCGGAACACAUCGGCCAUUGUGGGCUGUAUAUGGGGAAUAUACAUUUGUUCCCAAACAACGUUGGAUUCAUAAUUUGGAACACGGAGCGGUUGUUAUGUUGUAUCAUCCAUGUGCUAAUAAGAAUCAAGUGAAAUUACUCAAGAGUAUAGUUAAAUCGUGCCUCUACAAACAUGUUAUUACCCCUCAUAGUGAACUGUCAUAUGAUAGAGUGAGUUAAUUUUCCUUAUUCAGCACAUUA